AUGCCCGAUUCCAGACAGGACAUAACCGUGAAAGAAGCCAGUGGAAAGGCGUUCCUGCAGUGUGGAACAGGCAGCCAAAGUCAAGUCACAUGGCUGAAAGAUGGGAAUGUGAUAGGAAAUACAACGCAGCUGGACUUGGGUGCAAUUUACGAAGAUCCCAGAGGCAUCUAUGUAUGUGAAACGGAGAGGGGAAAGAAGAGGUCCUACUUCCAGGUGUAUUAUCGAAUGUGCCAGAACUGCAUCGAAGUGGACGCUCCCACCAUCUCGGGGAUCGUGGUUGCGGAUGUUGUUGCCACCGUCUUCCUGGCAGUUGCUGUGUAUUGUAUCACUGGCCAGGACAAGGGACGCAUGUCACGAGCUUCUGACAGGCAGAACCUGAUUGCCAACGAGCAGCUCUACCAGCCCCUUGGCGAGCGGGACGAUGGACAGUACAGCCGGCUGACUCCUGCCAAGGCCCACAAAUGA